AGCGGUAAUGCUUUUUCGUGGGCGUAAGCAAUUUGCCACCUGACAUAAAUUGAGUCGUAACUUUUUCUUAUUUUGUAACAAUGGAUCUAAGUGGGAAGUUGAUCAUCAAAGCUCAGCUUGGAGAAGAUAUAAGAAGGAUUCCUAUACAUAAUGAAGACAUAACUUAUGAUGAGCUGAUGUUGAUGAUGCAGAGAGUUUACAGAGGAAAACUGAAGAAUAGUGAUGAUAUCACCCUGAAAUAUAAAGAUGAAGAUAAUGAUCUGAUUACAAUCUUUGAUGAUUCAGAUUUAUCUUUUGCUAUACAGUGCAGUAGAAUUCUUAAAAUUACAUUGUUUGUAAAUGGACAACCACAGCCCUUGGAGAGCAACCAGAUAAAACAUCUGAAAACUGAGUUACGGCAGAUUAGAGACCGUGUGAUACAGAUUAUAGAUACACUAGAACCUCAGUCUGAUAUCAGUAGCUCGGUAGAUACAGUAUCUAAAGAUGAGCCGAUGGUGACCGAGAGUACUAGACAAGCCACACAGCCAACACAGACAAGGCUCACCAACUCUGCACAGGGCAAAGAAUUUGACCCCCUGUCAUCUCAGAAAGUUACAGAAGAAAAAGUGAUGUCAUCGUUUGGAAUCAGUUCUCAAUCAGAAAGGCCAGGUACCCCUGAUAGCAUCAAUUCUGUAGGCUCUGCUUCAAGCACCAACCAAAGACAACAGCAGUCCACACCCUCCACACCCCAACACAUGCCACCUCCUCAACAGCCAGUGGCACAACCACCAUCACAACAGCCCAUCCAAGGCUUCCAACCUGUUCAACCACAGCAACAAACACAACAACACCCUGGACAACCUGGCUUCCCACAACAACAACAGCAAAUGUAUUCUGGACAACCAGAUCAAAGACAACAAAUACCUGGACAACAACAACAACAACAGGGAUAUGGAGUACCAGGCCAGCCUCCCACUUCACAACCACAAAGAUUCCCUACCCCUCAACAGCCCCAAGCACAACCUGUUCCUGGUCAGCCAGGUUACCAAGGACAACCUCAACAGAAUCCUCAACAACCCAAUCCACAACAACAGUACGGACAGUUUUACGGACAACAGAACCCACAACAACAACAACAGCAGACCCCUCAACAUCAACAACAACAGCAGACCCCUCAACAUCAACAACAACAACAGGUUCCACAGGUAUCACAGGCUCCCUGGAAUCAACAACAACAACCACAACAGCCACAGGCUGUAUACCAAGGUUAUGCUGGACAACCACAAGCCCAGCCUGGUGCCAUGCCAGGUGGAUCACCCUCUGGUACCCCAGGGACAGCUAGUCCAAACCCAUACUCUAGAGGGCCAGGCUCUGGAUACGGAGGAGGAUAUCCCAAGCCAUCACAGGGAUACCCAACUACACCACAGGGAUAUAAAUGAAAUUGAUGUCGUUAGGAAUUUUCAAAUUGACAAAAAAUUAUUUAUCUGUUAUUGAUCAUUUUAUAUGGACAACUGGUUGUGGUAAAGUUGCUGAUGUAGCAGAAAAGUUGAUGUUUAUUAGCCCAAGGCUGUGUCUAUCUUCAUCAACCAGUCAAUUCUAUUUUCUUUCCAACACUGUCUAUAUACGUGUAUAUUCACACAGCAUUUGUUCAAUUAUUUCAAGCCAUUAAAUAUAAACCACAAAACUGAAAUAUAGACACACUUCAUUUUAGCAAUAUUGAAAAAGAGCACUUUUUCUCAUUUAAUUACCGUAUGCUAAUUUGUAAUAAGCCAUUUUUUAUCUAUCAUAUAGACAUAUAAAUGUGUACCUAUUCAAAAUACAAAUAGAUUUUUGUUAUUUUUUAAAACUGAAUGGAAGUUGUCUUAAAAUUAUUAUUAGAUGUUGUUAUCAUUUUUAAAUCAUGAAGCUUAAUGUGUGUUUUCUCCCUGUCUUUGAAUUAUAUAAAUGUGCAAUACUUAAGUCUGCUAUAUUGGAAAAAUACUGUGGAUUCAUUAUUAUUUGUAGGAUGGAUAGCUUUUGUCAUGGAUUUCAUGGGUAUAGAUAAGCCACCGCAGAUAAUGACGUAAAAUUUCAAUGAAGUACAAAUAUUCUAUUGACAUGUAUGCACUUUGGCAAAACCAUGAAAUCAAAUGUUUAUUUUUCCUCAAUCCCCGAAAAAUGGGCAUCCAUAGAAAUAAAUAAAUCCACAGAAGUAUAAAUAUAUGUUAUAACAGUUGCUUUGGAAAGUGAAAAGUAAAUGGAAUCAAGGGAGUAACAUGCAGUUAAAAUAUUGUGUUUCUGUUUAAUAAAUUUAUGUCGUUGCUAAGUAAGACAACUUGUAUUAUUUUUUUUACCUUUAAAACAAUGAUGUUCACAGACCAAAUGAAUAAAAUUGAGAAAGGAAAUGGGGAAUGUGUCAAAGAGACAAUAACCCGACUAUAGAACAAACAACAGCCGAGACCACCAAUGGUUCUUCAAUGACAAUGUAGCGAGAAACUCCUGCAUCCUUAGGCGUCCUCCAGCUGGCCCCUUAAAAAAUAUGUAUACUAGUACAGUGAUAAUGAAAACUGUUUUAAAGAAUUGCUGGGAUUUUGACACAAGAUUGAUCAUAAAAGCAAAAUUUUCUUUCAAAUACUGUCGUGUAUCAGACAUGUAAACUGUUUCAUUAUAAAAUAUAAGACGAUUAAAGAGUACACAUACUUU